CCCUAUUGGUAAGGGAUGUCACACUCCCUUGAGAGAGAAUAAUAUAUCCUAUUGGAAACCGAUCCUACUCAGUUCUGUGGACUACCUCAGCAGUCUCAAAACAGGGGAUGGGAGAUUUUUGCAUCUAACUAAUAGGAAUACGUCUAUAAGAGGCUUUAUCAUCACUAUCAAGUCGUCCAUUGCACUGUAUGAUCAAUACGUAAGUGCAGGUCCUCUUUCCUAUUUUUUGACCUAUAAAGUUAGUCAGGAUCAUUUAGAGCUUCACUUCUGUAGCAUAAGAGCACGCAACGGCUGGAAUAAUAAUCCAACUGCGAUGCAGUUUUAUCAUACAUUUAAACGACUUCUCGUCCGCCAUGACUUGAGGAACAUUAAAGGGAACUGCACUAUACAGGAUUCCACUUACUUGCUUUCCGCCGUGCCCUCCACAUCUCAGCGAAAAAUCUACGCAAUUUCAGUGGACGAUCUUCAUAUGAUAAAGAAGUUUGGACUCGAUUGUAGCGACAUGCAAAUCGGUGAUCACGACUACGCCAUUCCAAACCUACCUCCUCUGACUGCCUUCUGCCAAAAUGUGGUAGGCUACAUUUCCGGUUUUGUGGUCAGAAUGAUGAAGCGAAAAAUCAAGUGCCAGACAUGCAUCGUAAGUUUACACGAUGUAGCUUCGACGUCUUCCACAAUAGACACAGCUCUGUUGCUUGUGGACCAACGAGAUAAAGGAGGACUGCUGCGACCUUCUAACGAUCUUAUGGAAGUGAUGUUCAUUGUGGAGAAAAACAUUAAAAAGGUAUUUACGAUCACGGAUGGUAAAAUGCCGAAGGACGACAAUUUUUACUUGACAUUUUGCCAUCAAUUGGCAAUGUCAAUGUUUGCAGAGAACAAAUUUUUUAAAUCUCUCGAUGAUCAUCGAUUAGAAUGUUCAAUCCUUGAAGAAAGUCACAUAAUGAGAGUCAUCAAAACAGCUGUAUUUUGUUACACGAAAAUCAGACUGCACCAUGUAACUCGAAGACAAAGUCAAUUGGCUCGUGGUGAACUCAUAAGGAAAAAAUAUACCAAGUUGAUUUUAUUUUCUAAUCAGUAGUAGGGGAAUUUGGGAUAAACUACCUUUUCAAAUUUUAAAUUAUUCUUGAAGAUAACCUAGUUAUAAGUUAG